UUUUGGCGAAUUAUUUGGCCCAUAUACUGCCUGCCCCCACUUUCAAACCACGCCCGUGCAAUAGACGUCAAAACAUUUUUCAGUGGGUAGCACCCACCACAGAUAAAAAAAGCAAAAAAAAAAGAUCUGUUUGUUUUGUUUUUUAUCCUACUUCAACCGCUAUGAGUCAAAAGAGUGUUAUUUUGUUUCCUUCUUUCUCGCACCAAUUGCUUCAUCACGAUAGGCCAUUACAUUUUUUAUGUAGUUUUUAGUUGUUUUUUGGUAAGCUCAAACGGUCGGUUCCAGGCUCGAACUUAGUACUGUUAGUUGUAGAAUAUUAUGUUGCAGCGCUUUUCCAAUUGAUCCAUCCUCUGGUCUGAUUAAAUCAUCGUCUAAGAAGCGUUCUUAAAGCAGAAAAGUGGACGGACAAUGUCUGCCAAAAGAACAAUCCAGAAAAAAUUAAGUGCAGCUGCAUUGAUGCGAGCCAUUCAAUCGCAAAAUGCUUCGGACGAGGCUACGAAUAACUUUACGGUAGCACCAGAGAAGAAAGAUGCUUCAUCGCAGACGGAGUCGAAUGAAUCCGUGGAAGGGAAUGAUAGCCUGGCUAUCAAAAUAAACAAAUGCCUUUUGCUGUUGUCUCACUUGAAUACAAAAGUGGAUGCGUUGGGCGCGAAUCAAUAUCAGCAGCCUGGAAGAUCUUCAAAUGAGCAGAUCAAUCUGUCGAAGAUAACUUUCCAACCCGUUAAAAGUUUGGCCGAUUUUGAAAGCUUGGAGGAUCGCUGCCGAGAUGAAUCGUUUGUGAAGGAAAUUGUUGCCUCCAUUGGAAAUAUUCACGGUCGUCACAGAUAUACAAGUCAAGGAGCAACGGUGAGUCUUCGAAUAAUCGACUACUUCUUCGCUCGCAAUUUCCUGCUACAGUGCUCGUGGACAGGUGCUACUCGUUCGUCCGGUAACAAGGAAGCAAAAAAGCAAAAAGUACCGUUCAUGAAGUUUGAUAGAACGAUUGAUUUGUUUUAUCAAACGGUGCUUUAUUCCGACCCAUCCUAUACGCUAGAUGAAUGCAAAACUUUUCUGCACCGCUGCUUGAAGAACGCACAUCAACGGUUCGCGGAGGUAACCGGAAUAAGAAAACCAGUCUCGAGAAAACGGAAGCAAUUGACGAACGAAGUCGUUCCACCUGAAGACCGUAUGGCCGGAGGACAGAGUAAGGAUUUCGACAACAUUGCAGAGGCAGAUACAAGUUACAACGAAGGAUCACUGGUAGAAACCAACGGAAAUGCAUCGUGGCAAGUAGAGUUUCUGGAGGAAGAGGAGAAUUUGCCGCCAAAGUGGUUAAAAAUUGAAAAUUAGCACCGUGGAAUGGAACAUUGAUUGAUUUUUUGUUAAACUUUUAUUUCAGUGAUGAACUUCUAAAAAAUAAAACCGAAACGUGAAUUCGACGAGAAUAAAUUGUGGUUUUUAUUCAAACAUGACAGUUUUUUUAUUUGACUUUGCUCAUUUCUCAGGAAGAGUAUGAUGUAACGGUACAAAAAUAGUUUCUUCGUGAAUUUCUAUCGCAACCAAUUUACAAAAAAUGCUGCUGAAUGGAUAAAGCUUACAAGAAC